GAUCUAAUCAAAGUAUAUAUGAACUGCUUACCGCGCAGAUAGUCCAGUUGAAUUUUGUUUCUGCUUGCAGCUGAGCGUCAGCAUGGAAGGCUUAAUUAAGAAAAUUAUUUUACUUUUCCUGACGCCAGAAUGUUUCGACGAGUAUUUUGUAAAUUUCAAUUUUUUUCAUGUACCAUGCUUGAAGGCAACAAUAAGCAAAGCCCUCGGGUUGGUCAUAAUCGCUGGAUCAGUUAUGGUGAAAGUUCCGCAGAUCACGAAGAUCCUGAAUGCUAAGAGCGCGGAGGGAAUCAGCUUUGCGAGUGUUUUGCUGGAACUAUCCGCCAUCACUUCCAGCGCCUCCUACAGCUUCACCCGGGGAUUUCCAUUCAGCUCGUGGGGCGAGGGCCUGUUCCUGGCGUUGCAGACGGCGGCCAUCGCGGCGCUGGUGCUGCAUUUCGGGCGCUCUGCCGCGCACGGCGCCGCCUUCGCAGCGCUCUACUCCGUCUUCGUCUACAGUCUCACCUCCGGCAUCGUGCCGCCGGACUUCCUGUGGAACCUGCAGGCGCUCAACGUGCCUAUCAUCAUCACCGGAAAGAUGCUGCAAGUGAUAGCGAACUACCGCAACGGCGGCACGGGCCAACUGUCAUUCGCCACCGGCUGCAUGCUGUUCUUCGGCUCACUGGCGCGCAUCUUCACCUCCAUCCAGGAGACUGGCGACAUCAUCCUGGUGGUGACCUACAUGAGCGCCUUCAGCGUCAACGCCAUGAUCUUCGGACAGCUGAUCUAUUACAACAGGAAAUCCCCGAAAUCCUCGCCGGCGAAGGGCAAGAAGGGCUCCGCCAAGGAGCAGCGCUCUUCUGGCAAACAGCGCGCCAAGAAGGAGUAAGCUGUCUCUCCCCAGGAGUACAUCCGGUUGACUACAGUCCGCGCUCACUCGACACGUCUCUGCACUCUACUUGAAAGCAAACAGGCUCACUUACGUACGGGUUGCAUUCCUUUUGUCCUACAAUCCGUUAACAACCUGUCGCGGUGUAUAGAAAGUUAUUUUUAAAAGAACAGAAGAAAUGUCACUAAUUUCACAACGGACCUGUACAAGGUUCCAGUACCCAAAAAUUUUUCCUUUAGCAAAUAAUUACAAUUCCGUAUCUCCACUACAUACAAAGCAUUUUCCCAUCGUUCGGUUGGAACACAGUCCAUGAAGUCACAGUCUCAUGAUAUUGUACCCAGUAUAACUAUGUUCCAGUGCAAGUCUCCACUUUCCGUAAGUAUAUCUGAAGUCUUCCUUUAACAUCGCCCAUUUGUAUAAGGACACUAAAAAUUCCGACAGUUAUAAAUGUAGAACGUGUGUUGCAAUUUUUUGGGUUGAAAACGAAGAUUCAACGUGGAAAUCGAAACCUUGUUCGAAGAGGUAGUUUUCUCUUGUUUUAUCACGAAUCAAUUCUCAUUCGUUUAGCAGAUCUCAACCGAACUCGUUACGUAUUUAUUACAAUACGAGAUUUUUGCAACUCUUUGCCAGAGGCAUUAAAAUCGUCAAUAAGAUGUUGAAUUCUGAUUCAUGUUACUCCUAAAUUUAUAUUUUACCGAAAAUUUUUCUUCUCGAACGAAGGUAGACGUUUUUAUGACAGUCAAGCGGCCAAUUCGUGAAAUGGCAGAGACGACGGGUUACAGUACACGCGUUUUUACGCCUGUUGCUUAUGCAUCACGUUGGGCGCUGGCGCCUGACGUGUCACGUGCGUGCAAGGCACUGUCAGUUCGCAAGACUGGUUUCGUCGACAGACUGUACUUCAACACAUUCACUGUACACCAGCAGUAUCCUCCACUCUACACUGCAUAUCAUCAUAAGUUCCCAGUAUUCUAUGGAUGUGGGUGGGUUGAUUCAUUCAGAUUUUAUUUAUCUAUGAGCAACUUUCAAGAGUUUAAAUUUUUUUAAAUGCAUACUUUUUAUUGUGGUUAUUAUGGCAUUUUGUUUGUUUAAUUGCAGUUUGUGUAAACUGAAUUCGUAGGCAUUCCAUGAGAUACAUAAUGAAUAUCACUGUGUUCUGUCACAUUGGAAGUAGAAAGCUGCUACAGACCAGUAAAUCAGUUCAAAGUUCAAGAUCCAUCUAAUUUCGAAUAAAACAAUACAUGUAUAGACACAAUAAUAAUAAAUUAUCUUGUUAUCAUCUGAACAGUACAACGAAACAAAAAAAAAAGAAACAGAAACGUAUGUGGAGCUCGCCAUGAGAACUGAUAAUUUAUUAGAUGUUGACCCAUUUCAUAUUACAUUAUUCCAUAUUGCUGCUUUUUAAACCUUUUUUUAUUAACUUGGCUGAGUGUUGAGAAAAAUUCUGUACGUACUGCAGUACUGCCGGUUCCCAUAUUGUAUCAUUUCUUCCCAUUUUCCUUUUUGACAUUUGGAAGACUAACAGUAGAUAUGCUGCUUGAAGUUCAGCUAACUUGAAAUUUUGAUUGGUAUCAGAACUGUUUCGCUUUUCUCUUACACAGAAUUCCAGUCCUCAG